AUGGUACUUGCACUUCAAGCGUCAAAAGUUCCAUCGCGAACGGACGUUGGCGACCCGCUUCUAAAGCAGACCGCAAAGGAACACUUCGAGAAGAAAGUUGCUAUCCUGAUGAAGCAGAAAUUCUUCGCGUUCCAGCUCGACGGAUGGUCGAAUCCCAGACGGGAAAAACUGAUCAAUAUUCUGGCGUCAGGCCCAAAUAUGGAUCCCUUGCACCUCGAGACCAUUGCGACUGGAGUCGACUCCCAGACUGGAGAAUAUAUCGCGAGGCUUAUCGGCGCAAAGGUGGACAAAUUGGACGCGAUUGUUGGCGAAAGCAAGGUGUCGAGUGUCACGACGGACAAUGCGCCUAAUAUGGAAAAGGCGUGGGGAAUUCUUGAAAGCACGCGGGGGUUGCUGUGCAAUGGCUGUGCUGCGCAUGUUCUCAAUUUGCUUUUGCAAGAUGUGGCAUAA